AUGCCCAUGAGGAAAGGAAUCUUUCCUGGGUUACUUAGAAGACUAAGAGGAAUGGAGGAAGAAUUGAGAGCAACGACGGAGAAUUUCAUAUUGAUGGAAGAAGAGAAGAAUAAAUUAGAGCAAAAACUGAGAGAAGAUGAAGAAGAAAUCAAGAUUUUGAAAAAAGAGAAUCUGGGAAUGGGUCAACAAGUUGUUGUACUAGAAGGGAAAUUUUGA